CGCGGCGCUCAGCCGUGGAGGCGGGGCCGGUUGUACGCGGGCGGAGCGCGGGGAGCCCGAGCAGCCCGAGGCGGCGGCCGCACCGCCACCCUCCCGGCCGCCCGCCCGGCCGCCGACGCGGGCACGAAGAGCGCGGCCGGCCGGCGCCACCCCGCCCCGGGGUGCGGCCGGGGCCGCCCGAGAACCCUGCCCGGCGGCGUCCCCAGCGGCCGCCCCUAAGUUGGCCGCGCGAAACUUUUCCCCCGCGCGCCUGGGCGCCACCCCCGCCGAGACCCGCCGCCCGUGUGAGUGAAGGGGGGGGGAGAGGCCCUCGGCUCCCUCCCCCCCCGCCGCCCGGCCUCCCGUCGGGGCGCAGCCGGGCGCGGCGGCGGGGCCGGGGCCCCGGGCGAUGGCCGCGGAGCUGGCGAUGGGCGCCGAGCUGCCCAGCAGCCCGCUGGCCAUCGAAUACGUCAACGACUUCGACCUGAUGAAGUUCGAGGUGAAGAAGGAGCCGCCCGAGGCCGAGCGCUUCUGCCACCGCCUGCCGCCCGGCUCGCUGUCCUCGACGCCGCUCAGCACGCCCUGCUCCUCCGUGCCCUCCUCGCCCAGCUUCUGCGCGCCCAGCCCGGGCACCGGCGGCGGCGGCGGCGCGGGGGGCGGCGGCGGCGCGGCGCAGGCCGGGACCGCCCCGGGGCCGACGAGCGGGGGCCCGGGCGCCGUCGGGGGCGCCUCGGGGAAGCCGGCGCUGGAGGAUCUGUACUGGAUGAGCGGCUACCAGCACCACCUCAACCCCGAGGCGCUCAACCUGACGCCCGAGGACGCGGUGGAGGCGCUCAUCGGCAGCGGCCACCACGCCGGGCACCACGGCGCGCACCACCCGGCGGCCGCCGCGGCCUACGAGGCUUUCCGGGGCCAGGGCUUCGCGGGUGGCGGCGGCGGCGGCGGCGCGGACGACACGGGCGCCGGCCACCACCACGGCGCGCAUCACGCCGCGCACCACCACCACGCCGCGCACCACCACCACCACCACCACCACCACCACCACCACGCCGGCGCGGGCCACCACGCCGGCGCGGGCCACGGCGGCGGCGGCGGCGCGGGCCACCACGUGCGCCUGGAGGAGCGCUUCUCCGACGACCAGCUGGUGUCCAUGUCGGUGCGCGAGCUGAACCGGCAGCUGCGCGGCUUCAGUAAGGAGGAGGUCAUCCGGCUGAAGCAGAAGCGGCGCACGCUCAAAAACCGCGGCUACGCGCAGUCCUGCCGCUUCAAGCGGGUGCAGCAGCGGCACAUUCUGGAGAGCGAGAAGUGCCAGCUCCAGAGCCAGGUGGAGCAGCUGAAGCUGGAGGUGGGGCGCCUGGCCAAGGAGCGGGACCUGUACAAGGAGAAAUACGAGAAGCUGGCGGGCCGGGGUGGCCCCGGGGGCGCGGGCGGGGCCGGCUUCCCGCGGGAGUCCUCGCCGCCGCAGGCCGGGCCGGGCGCGGCCAAGGGCGCCCCCGACUUCUUCCUGUGAGCGCCGGGCCCGAGCCCGCGCCGCCGCCGCCGCCGCCGGCCAGAGGCUCGGACUCCGCGCUCGGGCA